UUCCAAGCUUAAAGCCAUAAACCCAAAACCCCUUUCCUUCCGAAGGGAUCCUAAAACCCUAAUUUUACAAGUCCGAACCCAAAUCCAAACGCAAUGAGCUCCUUCACCAACACCACCAAUUUCGACAACCUCAUGCUCCAAACCCUAAUGGGCAGGCUCCAAAUCCGACCCCCCACCAACAACUCCUUCCUCUCCCAAACCCUCGAGGAUCUUCUCCUCGACGCUGCCAAUCUCUCCGCCGACGACGACGAUGACGACGAGAACAAGACCCAGCUCGCCAAGGAAGAAUCCCGCCUCGAGAAGGAUAUCAUCCGGGUUAUUCUCAGCGGCAAGACAGAUUCCCUCAAGCCCAAUUCGGGUCAGGCCGUCACCAUCGGAGAGCACCACAUUUGCGUGGGGUUUCAUGAGGAAUCGGGUUCGGACUAUCGGGUUUGGGAGUGGCAUGGGCACAUCAUGCUCUUUGAUGAAGAGAACGGGUACACUCCUGAGUAUAUAUAUGGGAAUUACUUUGAGAGGCUGAUUGGUAAGGCUCGUGGAAGUGGUGGCAGCGGAGGUGACAGUGUUCUUGUUGAGGAGGCCAAGGAGGAAGAGGAAGAGGAGGAGGAUAAAGAGAAAGUUACUACUUUGGGGCUCAGGGAGUUGAUUGAUGGCGGGGAUUCGGGUCAGGGUCGAAUUCUUCAUCGGAAUAUCAAUGCGGGUUCUACAAGUUACCAGAUAGGCUGCGAAAAGAAGUGUGGCCAAGCAAUGCCUUGAAUAUUUAGCGGAUUAUCUUGAAAUUGGUAAUAUGAUAUGGCUACUACUACUAGUGGCUAUGAUGUAGGCGGGCAUCUCACAAGGAAGUAGAAUGAUUCUGCUACUGCUCAUACCAUCAAUUCUUCACCUUAUGGGAAGUCAAUAUAAAAUCCCAACAUCAAACAAGGACAUAAAGAUGCUGCUGCUACUUGCUCUUUCCAUCAAUUUGUUCGCAUGUUUGUAGUCUUAACAAUAUCCUACCAGCCUGACUGGUGGACCCUUAUGCUUGUUGAACCAAUAUGGCAUAGGUUGAUUUAACAACGAGGAUUAAAUUUCUCUUGGAAUAGAUUUGUGCUCUGGAUCUAGAGACUAGGAUCUUGUUUCAAGUUGGAUGCUCGUCCCCUAAAUACUGUUUUCUUCUUCCUCUUAUCCGUAAUGGAUUUAUGACUUGAGGGUUUUAUGGAAUCAUGUGAAAAGAGAAAAGAAAGAAAAGAAAAGGAGUUAUAGAAGUUGAGUUUAUUUUUUUUUAGUAAAUUUUAAAUGAUUUUUCUGAAUUCUUUCUCUGAUUCCUUCA